AUGCCUAUGCGUAUACCACAACCAAUACAGAUUUGGUUUAAUUCAUUACAUUAUUAUCGUAAAAAAAUACAAUCACAUCACAAUGAUUCAACAUUAUUAAUCGAUAAAUCGGAUGAAAAAUUUAUUGAUUAUAAUCCAUUAUUAAUUGGUGGUAUUGAAAAUUUAUUACUUGAAAUGAUACCAAAAAAUUCUAAAUCAAUCAUUAAAGAUGGUGCUAAUGAAGUUGCACAAUGGAUUUGUCAAAAUUUAAUAUUAUUAUAUGAUAUUAAUAUAAAUGAUGAUUAUAAUAAAUUAGAUAUAACUAAUUCAUCAAAUGUAUAUAGAAAUAAUUUACUUAAUGAUAUACAAUUAAUUACAAUUGAAUUAUUGCCAACUAUUAUUUAUGUAUAUUUUUGUUUAUUUAUUUUUUUUGAAUCAACAAAAUCUUAUCAAACCAAAUCCCCAAUAUCUAAUAAAUCUGAUAUAAAAUUAAAUAAAUUAUUUAAUUUUGAUAAAUUUCAUUCAUUAUUAAAACAAAAUGAAGAUAUUACUCAAAUGUUAAAUUAUCAAUCAAAUAAUUUAUUAAAUAUAAAUAAACAAUUAAGUAUAACAAAAUCACAAAUAAUCAAUCAAUCAAUCAAUGAAUUAUCCCCAUCAUCAUCAUCAUUCAAAUUAGAAAAUAACAAAAAAUAUUCUACUAAUAUACAUAAAUUAAUAAAACAACAAACAAAAUUGAAUAAUGAACAACAACAAAAAAAUAAAAAAAAACAAAUCAAUGAAUUAUUGAUUAAUGAACAAAUAAAUUUAAUCAAUAUUUUUGAAGUAUUUUUAUUUACUAUUUAUCAAAUUUAUCAAAGAAAAAAUUUAUUAAAAUUAUCAUUAAAUGAAGAAAAUAUAGAAAUUCAUUUUGAACCAAUUAGUUUAUGUAAACCAAGUAUAUAUUGUGAUGAAUUAUUCAAUAAAAAUGAAAUCAAUAAAAUGGAUUAUUUAACAAAAUUAUAUGAUCAAUUGGUUGUAUUAAAACAAUCAGAUAAGUUGAAUAAUGAACAAGAUUCAAAUAGAAAAUUGAAUGAGUAUACAUUUAAUUCACGCAAUCGUAUGCACAUAUUGACUGCACUGAUGAAAGAAUACAGCGCAUACUCUCCAUCAUGUGUCUCUAAACAAUCAAGAAUAUCAUUAUGCAAAUUAGCUUGUUUGUUUAAUCCUUUCAGCAACCAAUAUUCAGAGAAUAUGCCCUUACAAUUUGAAGAAUCUGAUUUAGUGGAUAACGAUGGGCAUACUUGUGAUACGAAUUCCAUGAAACUAGAAAAUAUAAGCGGAAACGAAAAAGAAGACAAUUCAGUUCAUGAGGGAGCCACAUCACAGCCUACUUCACCAAAAACACUUGGUAAACUGGAAGAGCAUACCUCCAAAGGAAUGCGAAAUUCUUAUACAAAUUUGGAGACAAAUAAACAACUGAAAUUCAGUAGAGUAACAGGAUUGAGUUCGAAUUUUGUAAUAGAAAUUCUGUUCUCUCUCUAUCCAGUUCUUUUUACUGAACAUUCAGAUUUGGCUUGUGAAGGAGUCAAGUCUCUGAAAGCUAGAGCGACUUAUGAAAUAUGGUCAAAUGUCUUGUUACUGAUUAAUUCAAUAGAAAAGGAUUAUACUCGAUCAAAGUCACCUGAUUUAAAGUUGCUUAAAUUUGAUAACCGAAUGAUCGGCCAAGAAGUGUUAAAUAACGACAAUUUCAAUGAAUGUUCAGUUGAAGAACAUAAAUUGGACUCUGAACAGUUAAGUUUAGCUAGUGCUUAUUGUGGUCUAUGGUCUGGACUGUUGGGGAAACGAUCCGAUAUACAACAAAAUGAAGUAGUACCAGAACUCUGUGAUAUUCAAGAUUUAUCGGGCAAGCGUUUACAUUAUGUUCGACUAGCACAAGCCAAAUUUAAAAGACCUGUUGUUACAAAUUCAGAUUUUAAAACUGUAAAACUUCCAGAUGAUAUAACACCUUUAUCACCAAUUGAUAAAACUACUUCAAAACAAAAUGAAAACAAGAAUUACCUUUCAACACAUGAUAAUGUAUAUUUAAAAAAUAAUUGGAAAAGUUCUUUAGAUGAUUUAUCAAGAAUUGAAGAACCAAUUGCAGCAUCAAAUUCUUUUACUCGUGAAUGGUUUAAAAAGACUCUUUGGAAAGAUAGACAAUCUGAGAAAUUUUAG